AUCAGCGUGCAGUUCUGGAAGCUGACUGUCGGCCUGUCCAACAAAUCGUUGAUCAGCUGAUUGCGUGAUAGCCUGGAAGUUCGUGUAACUUUUUUGCGACUUGGCAAGAGCUGAAAUUUUCGAAAAAUGUCUCUAAAUACAGCUCACGCCAACGGCGGGGUCCUCAUACAUUCCGGCGAGUGUAUUCUCCUCUUUUCCGACAAUGUUAUGAUGGAAUUUCACGGACAGGAUCAGCCCGAGUUUAUUGGGUCAAAACGAGGCAGACUCUUCUUAACUACACACCGAAUGAUUUUCAACGCAAAGGACCAAAAAGAAAGAAUGCAAUCGUUCAGCUUUCCUUUCGUCACAUUGAGCGACGUCGAACUAGAACAACCAAUGUUCGGCGCUAAUUACAUAAAAGGGAAAUGCCGUGCCCAACCAAACGGCAAUUGGACCGGUGAAUGCAAAUUUAAACUUCACUUCAAAAACGGUGGAGCAAUCGAGUUUGGACAAGCUAUGCUAAGGGCUGCUUCUAUGGCAAAUCGCAAUGGUCCUGGUUUUGAUGCACCUCCACCAUAUCAACCACCAACAUCUGACUGGUACGCUGCACCCCCACCAGCGUAUCAAGCUGCGCCAGGUGGAUACUACGGCUGGCAGCCCCCGACAAAUGUUUUCCCCGAACAACCACCAGCGAAUGGCGUUUACAUGACGGACUCUCCGCCACCGUAUCCCGGCAUCAACGGUCCAUAUCAAGGCUACGCCAGCGGCGGAGCUGCACAACAGCAGCCACAGCCAAGCGCUUGGGGGAAUUCGGCGCAACCAAGCAACUGGGGUCAGCCUCAACCUAACGGAGCUCCGGGAUGGUCGAACCCAGGCUACAAUCCUCAAUCAAUGUCUCAAGGAGAUGCAAAAGCUGCGGAGGCUGCGCAAAGUGCAUACUACGAUCCAAAUAGGCCUCAAUGCGCUUAUGUUCCACCACCUGCGUACUAUGAAAGUCCACCGAGUUACCAACAGGCGACGGAUAAGAAAGAACAGUGAGACGUGUGUUUAGUGAAGGAUCAUUCAUUACGAUUUCUAUACUAAUAAAAGCUGUCAAAGCCGUGCUUUACCUGCAACAAGCACCACACAUUCCGAUACCUAGCACCGUUGGAUAUAUAAAAUUCUAAUUUAACACAUCACGCAUUAAACACUUGAGCUAUUAUUUCAGAUCGUAUUGUGCGCCAUGUUAAUUCUGAAUAUCGGUAAUUACACGCAUGUAUAAAUGAGUAGAAUGAAAUAACUUUUCAUUUUGAUGCUCUUUAUUUUACGUUUAUUCAUCUCCAUACUUUUCCAUUUAAAAGUAACAAAUUUGUCGCACCGUUUUUAAUAAACUAUUAUGAAUGUUCAAUAAUUAUGUUAUGUUGAAUAUUUUCCAUAUGAUUUGGGAAAUGUAAAUUCUCUGUAAAUUUUUAAUUAUACAUAUUAUAUUAUAAUACGUGUGAAGAUUUAUAAAGCU